AUGGCGGUAACACAGUCUGCUUGCAAACCCACCACUUGCCAUAAAAGCCAGCCGGGCUCGCGAGCUGACAAGACAGUCUAAAUAGCUCUAGGCUUUUUGAUCAAACCACGACCGCCUUGAGUCUCAUCUCUAAUCAUCCCCAUUCACACAACUCUAGACAAAAGACGAGAAAUAAUAGAAGCAAAGACCUAUUCGUGCACAAUGGCGAGCGCAACGGGUAUCCCCAAUGACCCCGUGGACCGAGAAACCCAGGGAGCCGACGACAUGGAACCCCUUCUCGGCCGUCCGGGCGACGCAUCUCAAAAACACAAUGCUCCCAUCGCGAAAAACCUCAUUAUCGGAACCGGCAUCAUCGCCGAAGGCGCAUCCCUUCUUCUCGUUGCCUCAGUAUGGGCCUCCGUUUUCCUCCACGGGCCCUUGAUCCUCUUCUCGGUGCACCCUCUCGCACAGUCGCUCGGCAUGCUUGUGCUCGUCCAGUCGAUCCUCAUCCUUCAACCCACCCACUCCGGACAGCAAAAGGUCGUCGGCCAAAAGAUUCACGCGGGUCUCAAUCUACUUGCCUUCACCAUCCUCGCCGUGGGCGUCAUUUCGAUCGAAUAUAACAAGAUCUCGAGCGGCGGGAAACAUUUCAAGUCCGUACAUGGCUACCUGGGUGUUAUAGCGUCCUUCUGGCUGCUCGUACAAUACCUGGUCGGUUUCACCAUGUACGCGACGCCCAAAUUGUACGGAAGCGAGGCCAAGGCAAAGGGCAUCUGGAAAUACCACCGUAUCAGCGGCUAUGUACUCUUCUUGUUCCUUCAGGCAACGGUUAUCAGUGCUACGCAGACGGACUAUAACUUCAAUGUCCUGGGGCUCAAGUUGUGGGCUUUCAUCCUUAUUAGUGUCUUGGUCAUCGUUGGUGUCUAUCCCAGGAUCAAGAAGCAGAAGCUGGGUUUCUAGGAGGUUGCAGAGCUUGGCUACCCAGUACGCAUGCGAUCACCAUGUGUUUCAUAAGCACAGUGACGGCGUGGCUGUUAUUUUCAUGUUGCAUGCAAUGGAC